AUUGUUUAAUAUUUAUAGUAGAUACUACAGGAGAAACUGGAUCAACUGAACAUUUUCAUGCUCAGGUCUCCAUUAAAUCCCCUGUUCCCCCACAUGUGUCCAUCAUCACCGCUUUCAGGUUGCAUCACUGUAAUACAUGUUAAAAGUAGAAAUUAGCACACGAUGUCUGAUUUCUGUUGUCUGAGUCAGUAGAUGGAUUUUUUUUGUUUGUUUGUCCUGAGGUGUGUUGAGUAAAGCACAGAGCCUCGCUUUCAGGGAGUUGGAGACUAUGACAUAACCAGGCACAGCAGGGAGAAGCCAUAAACUGCAGCCCUCUCCUGGGACAGCGAGGCCAGUAAUUGAUUCCCGUUCACACCCUGUGCUUCCUUCCCACCCCUCCAUACCCACAGUAACACACACACACUUAUUACGGAGGGAGAGAGAUGUUUAGGAAGAUUGUAUUUUACAGCCAAUGCUUUUACCCGUGAGGUGACACAGCUGCUCGGUGUAUGCGAGCUAUUUUUAACUUGCUCAGUCUUUUCUGCUCUAGAGAAAACAUGGAAGAAGAAAAAAGCAGAAGUGAGGCGAAACCAGAUGUAACAGUGUUUCCUGUUUUGGGGCAACAAAAAAAAAUCUUGUCUCCCAAGAUCCCAGCGAGGUCUUUGCCAGGGCCUUUGUUGUGAAAUUAGAACAGCAAGUGAACAUCCAGGAUGUGAUGCAAUGUGUGGAAACUCCUGUGUGGCGAAGGGCAGGCAUAGUUCUGGUGAGCUCUUAGUCCGCCCCGCUGCCAGCUGGUCUGGUUUUCAGGGGCGUCUGCAUUGCUCUGUCCCAGCCAGCUCCCUGAAUAUAGGUCAGACGGGUUUCUGGGUGAUGAGACACAUGGGGUAUACGGGGCAAGGCGUGGACUACUUUGUCCGCUCUGUCUGUCGCUCUCUGAGGAAUCCAAGACCACAUACUCAUGCCGGGUUUAGCAACUCUAGCUAUUUGCCCAGUUCUCUCACUUGACUGACUGUGAAUCAAUGUGUUAGUUAAUUUGUUUAAGUUUUUGAAUCUGCUGAGUGUAAGCAGGUAAAACCAUUGACUGGUUAAUAAAGAUGUGAAGAUGUGGGAAUUCAGAUUUAAGUGGAAAAGAUGUAGGUCACAUGUUUCUAAUUGAACAAGUAGGUUUAAAAUGAUUAAAUAGCUAAUAUGUACUAAUGAGUACAUUUCAAGAUAAGGUCAAAACCUUUUCCCAGAAAAGUGCAUUUAUCUGUAAGUUCCUGUAGCGGCUCACUACAAGUUGAAGUGCUUUUAGUCAUAUAUUCCUGUGAGGAAGUGUUAAACAACACACAGUCACGUAGGUCUCACUAACUAACCUGGUAUGUCUGGAUUAAAGCCUCCUCGUUUUUGUCUUUGGGCAAAAUGGAGGCUACUUGCAGGGGCCCCUUCCACGUGUGUGGGGUUGGAUCACUUAAAAGAUGGAGGCGGGGAAGAGGAUGCCUUGCGUUUUACUCACACUUGCCUCAGAGGAGGUCAGAGGUGAGGCAUUCCUCCUCGAGCGGCAAGUGCCCGGGAACUACUUCCCUCACUGCGUUUAGUGAGAAAAACACAGAGACCCAGUGUUGUACAGUAGCUGCAGGGAAUCAUCCCUUUCUAAUGGGAAAUCAACCUCCACACAAAGAGCCAAUUACACAGUGUACCUUGCCCAGUGUCUAUUCUCUUUUUCAGUCAGGGAACAAAACACAGAGAGGAGAGUGAACAAGGGGAGAUUUGAGGCAUUCGCAGCCAGAAACCUGUAGCUUCUGCUGCUAUGUAAUAUGCAUGUGUUACAAAAGCCCUGCUCCGCCACAAGAGAAAUUCAGAGCACGUACGCUACGAGCAACAACAGCAGCCCCUCCCCAUGCAGUCCUGAGAGGGAGAGAGAGCCUGUUUUGUGUGAAUUUGGCUGCAGAGAUGGGUGUGUGCUCUGACGUCAAUGCCAUCUCCCCGUCUCUCGCCGUGGUUUUUCAUCUGCCACCGGUUCAUGUAGUUACGCUCUGCAUUAGGCGGCGCAGGGUUUCCAGAGUGAACGGGAAUUAAUGUUGCAUGAAAAAUCACUGGGGCUGUCAUAAUCCGAUUUUUGGGCAGAUGGCGUAUUCAAGUAGUGGUCAGGAAACAUCAGCACUAAAGCCACAUCCUCACGGAGCCCCAAAGUAGACCGACUGACCUAUAUCCUGUGUAAGACGCUGAGGGAAGGAGGGCAGCAGCCUGACAGGCAUCACAGUACGGCUGAAGAUUGAGGAUAAACUCAAAAUCACCUCUAGUGAGGCCACAGAAGCUGCUUUGAACAAAUCACCAAGCCAACUGGAAGACUCUCUGCUCAAAACCCAAACUUGUUACUUUUUUUGGAGUUCUUCGUACUCAACACUAGUUCAAUGUCUGAGGUUUUUGUGGAGUUCCAACUCUUUUUAAUCUUCCUGGCUAAUUUGGAUACUUGAACAUUUUGAUCUAAAAAAAAUACGUAACAGAAAUCAAUGAGGCAAUCGCUUCAAGGAGCACAACCUCAUCCGGAAAUUUUUGCUGAUCCUGCGACAUAGAUCACACUUCUUAUUAACAGAGCAGAAGGCUCCUACCUUUUCCCUUUGCUAGAGUCAAACUCUGGCCCCCAGUUGGGAAAAAAUGGAAAGUCUCCAUCUUCACCUUCCAUCCUCCAGCAACAAGAAUGCCAUGGAUGUAGACACUUUUUCUAACUACAGCGGAAGCCUCCCAUCCCCUGAUCCCGAAAGUGGAGGGCGUGGCAGUCGCCAAUCUAAAGGUAGCAAGUCUGCUUUGACUUCUCGUCGCAAGCGAGAGUUCAUUUCUGAUGAGAAGAAAGAUGCUUCCUAUUGGGAAAAACGCAGGAAGAACAAUGAAGCAGCCAAGCGCUCAAGGGAAAAGCGUCGCCUUAAUGACAUGGUGCUAGAGAACCGGGUCAUGGCGCUGAAUGAGGAGAAUGUUCGUCUCAAGACAGAACUCCUUCAGCUCAAGUUACGCUUUGGCCUCAUUAGCACAGCCGCCUACAUGGAGAAAAGUCAGCAGAUCUCCAACAGUGCUGCAAAUGCCAACAGUGGUAGCAACGGGAGCAGCACCCCAAACAGUAACACCUACCUCUCAAGCAGUGGAUACUCCAGUGCGUCCCAGGUGAUGCUAAAUUCAGACUCGUCGGAACCUGAGCAGUCGAGCCGUGGUGAGCGCCACACCAUGCUCCACAAAUACUCUCCCCGUGGCUCCAUCUCUGACAUGUCAGACAGUUCCUCCAGGGACAGCCCGGAACCUAUGGGCUACAACAUAAAGCAGGAGCCCUCAAGCUUGGAGAUGGCCAGGUUAGAAAGCAACGAGAUUCCAGAUGGGCUCGCUAAUGGGUUACCAAAUGGAAUGCCAACUGGGGCUUACCAUGGCAGCCACACUGCUCUGGUUUCUCCUCACCAGCAGGGCACCCCAUUGUCUGAAAGUUCCAUGGACUACCAACACCACCAACUGCAGCAGCAACAGUGUCACAUGGAUGCCUCCAGCCCCGCUCCUCAGGCCACCUCUGCACAAAGGAGCGUUAUCUUGUACCGCUCCAGCAGUGGCUGUUACCCCAUGGAAAGCCAGAGGUCAGAUGGCCAGCAGGUCCAGCAGAGCAGACCGCCACAGCUUUUCCAGCAACCCUCCACCUCCAAGUUCUCUGACUGCUCAUUGACCAUCACAGAGGUCGCUGAGAAGCUAGAGAGGACAAAGACCAUGGACUCGCCUCAGUAUGAAUACACCAAUGGUCAUGCUGAGUCGGUAGAGGAGCUUCAGGAAAAGUACAAUCCCAGUGCCCAACAGCAGCAUUAUAGCUACCAGGGUGAGGAGAGUGGUCGUCAGCAGGCAGAAAGACACCAGAACCCCUUUGCCCCUGAGCUGACCCACAACACUGAGGAGGGCAAGUCCUCCUUUGUGCAGCACAACGGCUACCUCAACACACUGGAUGAAGAGCCCCCAGUGCUCACCUACGAGGGGGGCCCCCGAGCUGAUGGUUUCUAUCAGGAGACCUCCUCCACUAAGGACACCUCUUCCAGUGAUGGGGACCCUCGUAGCUCUGACAAGGAGGGUUCCACAGAUGAUGAGUCACCCUCCUCGUCCUCCUCAGACAUCAGCAGCUACCACCAGAAGGCAGCUGGGGCUGCCAGUUUUCAUGUAGAGUGCCAAGCCGAGGUCAAAGCCACUGCCCUGCCACACAAGCUCCGUCUCAAGUACAGAGCACUGUCCAGUGGGGCAGCAGGAGCACAGAUAGAGGGCCCAGUCCACAUCUCCAUGUCCCCCUCUCCCACCUUGCCCCAGCACCCGUACUUAGCUCUACCCAGCAACCCUCACAGCAGCCACGCCAAUGGGGAGAGCAAAGAGGUAGAGAAUGACACUGAGUAUGCAGAAGUGGUUAAGACUGUAAAUGAGAGGACGGACGCUAAGAAGGAUGAACUAAAAAAGGGAUCCAGCAGUGGGAGGGGUGGGCGUAAUAAGAGGCGAGAAUAAGGACAAAUGGGAGCAGCUCGAGCAUCUGCUCUUUGUUGUCUAUAGCAGACAGACAACUACAACUCUGACUCACAUCGCCACCUUACAAGACAGAAAUGAAGACAGUGAUUUGUGUGAGGUGUAGUUAGGAUGUGAUUUCACCAUCAAGUUUCACUGUGUCACCUGUUCCCCUUCCCUGUACUCUCUCCUACCUCCCACAUAUCCCUCAAUUUACAAUAACAAAUCUCUUAAUGAGGGAGGGGAAAGAAUGAAACUCUUCAGAGGUGGAGUCUGGGAUAUUUCCCUCGUGGAAAAUUCAACAAUAUUCAAUUAUUCAUUAUUGUAAGCUGCCUGGGUGGCUGGUCCGCAUUUACCGUGGCAUUCUGGGAACAUUCCUUUGACCAAAGAUACACAUCCUUCCUUUUUUGGCAAAGAGUGACAUUCUUCCUCCCUCCGAACAGAUCAGAACCAUUUGAUCCCAAACCCUCUCAUCAUCUGCACACAAGUUCUCUUACAUUCUGAAGCACUUAGAUUGUAUAUUACUGUGACAUAUAAAUUUGCAUAUAUGGAAUAUAUUUUACGAAUAAAAAUGUGGCAAAAAAAAAAACAAAAAAAAGUAGUGGGAUAAUGGAAGUUGUAGACUUUAAAGUGAUCAGUUUGUUCUUGUGGAGACACCGUGUACAGUCCCUCUUUGUCUAGAAAAUGACUCAAAGAAUACUUUGAGUAUGAGCCACAACUUAUAAAAAAAAAAGAAAGAAAAGGAAAAAAAAGUUUUUUUCAGACUCUGCUCCGGUUCCUCGUUCAGGUGAUCCAAGCUCUUUGACACUCAAAGCUGUCAGAGCAGUCAAGGCCAGUUACUCUUGUAUCAAUCAAGGCUAUGCAGUCACACAUGCUGUCGGCAAAACCUGACAAGCACAAGGCGAGCCUCGUUUGCAGGCCGUUCACAAGAAAUCAAUACAACUUCAUUUUCCAGACGAACAUCGUCUGUCUAAUAAAUGAAAUGGCUCUCCAGUCGUAACCAGCAAAGCUGCUCUCGCUUCAUAAGGUGCCUCUUUAUUGUGUUGUCCCUCGUCCCCUCAAUGUCUAAACGACCCCACUCACCUCUGCACUGAGUUGUUUUAGCUACAGUAGCUGCAGUAGAUCACACACGUCUGUACAACUGUUUCACUUCCUGGUGCCUGCCUUUGGUCACUAUGUAUAAAUGUAAAUUUGUCUCUAUCUCUUGUAUACUGCUGUCAUUAUUUUAUUAUUAUUUUAUUGAUAUUGUUAUUUUCUAUUAUAUUCUGUUAUUAUUUUGACUUUUAUUAUGUGUAUUUUUAUGUCAUCCUGUUGUGUCAUUUUGCUCAAUGCUCUUCCUGGUUGUGCUGUGUAUUAAACCCUUGCUGCCCUUUGCCCCAGUUACCAUUUGUACUACGUGUUACUGUAUAACCCUUGCUGUUUGCCGAAAGGCUGUUUCCGAAAAUGGAAGACAAAAAAAUUCAAUAAGGCUUGUCCAGAAGUGAUUAUGUAUUGCUAUACUUCACGUGGAUAUGCAAAAUGGUCAGAAAAAAAACACUCAUUUUGGAAUGUGAAAGAUUCAAAAUGGGGGGGAAAAAAUAAAAAGGUUGUUGAAUUUACAAA